AUGCGCCAUCGGCGGCGUUGCCGGGGCUCUCAAAAGCCGCCAACCCGCCGCAGGGCUUGUAAUGCUUGUGUCCAAGCGAAAGCGAAAUGCAGCUACACUCAGCCAUCCUGUUCCCGAUGUGCCGCUCGAGGCGCUCCUUGCGAGUAUCUCUCAACAGCGCCAGAAGCUGCUGCAAAAUUUACAAGACUCGAAGAUCCCCGCGAAUUGGCAGGACCAGAUGAAGCAUCAUGGCCACUUGAAAAUUUUCAACUAUCACCCUUUGAGCUCUCCAUGUCUGGUUUUCCAGACUUGACUCAAGACCAUGUGGAUUGCUCGCUACAGGACCUGGUUCACCUGCUGGGGCAAUACCCAAAGUCGCUUCUCCGUCAUGACUUUUGCUCCCCUUUUCUUCAUCGCGCUCUGUAUGAGCAGGAGGUGCCGGAUAUGGCAACGCUCGUGAAAUCCUCUAUGGCAAUCUGCUGCGGGAGUGCCAUGGAAACCACAGACGGGAUACGGUUUGCUCGACACGCGAUGGAUGUUGAGCGCCAACGGCUGAUCGAAUCAUAUCCCAGCUACCAAUGCAUGCAGCAGUUGGAUGCGUUGCAUGCGAUGCUCAUAUAUGGAAUCCUGGAACUGCGAGCGUCUUCAGAGGACACGAAGGAGGAUUGGAAGCAAAAGACACAUGCGAAAGGUCUAAAGUCGCCGUUUCUCGCCAAGAUGACAAAGGGUUUUAUUCAUUCGCAUCUCGAUGCUUCCGACCGGGGCCUAAUGUUGGGAUCGACCCAAUCGCUUUUAUACACCUGGGUCCAGUGGCAAGUAGCCGAGACGGCUCGGCGCACGAUAUUCCUUGCCAAUAUCGUCCACUUCUUGAGCAAUUAUGACCUUGAGGGUGGCAGACAGUCGCCCUAUUAUGAGCCAUUGGAUGACGAGCUGAUCUUGAACUUGCCCCUGCCGUGUAGCCAUGCCCUGUGGUCUGCGCGGACCGACCAGGACUGGACACUCACCAAGGAUUUCUCGGAGAACAAUGCUUCAUCCACUGACCUCUUCUCCGCAUUCCAAUUGGGAUCCGACACCAUGACUCUUGGUUAUUUGCUUUCAAACUUCUCGAAAGAAUACUUGCUGGCAAAUCUUGUCCACACGGCGGGCUUUGGCGGUUCCGACGAACUCCGGGCUUUUGUGAUCCUCUGUGCCCUGAAACAAUUUUCUUGA